CCAGAAUAUAAACGACUGCAACCAUGGCGAUGAGUGCUAGUAGCUCGGUGUCUGCGCUUGCGUCGGAGCUCAGGAUGCUGCAGCCCAGCGGCGGAAGCACUUUUAUGCCCAUUUCGAGGGUGAACGCAAGGAAUAUCCAGUCAGCCAAGCUUAACCGGAAUACCCAGCAGCCUUCUGUGCAUCACGUGCGGCAAAUGGCGAAAAUUGCCAAGUCCGGGGAGCUCACAGCGUCAUCGAGCCACACAGCGCUUGCGAUCUGCUCUCGACCAGGCCCACUAGCGCCCAUUGUACGACCUCAUACAGCAGGUGCUUUCAAGGCUCGAAAAGUGGAGCCUACUCGCUUUCGCUACUUCUACAACCGUGGCGACCUCCCGGUCCGAGUAAACUUUGCCGGAGCUGUGCGGAAGCUGCAAUGGCAGGUCGAUCUGUCCCUUCUCGACUUCUCGCACUAUUUACCGGUGUUUAUGGAGGGACUUCGAGAACUAGAGGAGCCGUACCACUUCUUGGCACUCAACGGCACUUUGGACAUGCUGGAGAAAGGUGGGAGUCGAGUGUUGCCAUGCUUACCGCAGCUGAUCCCACCGAUGAAGGCGAACCUCAUGACACGCAACCAGACCGUGCUGUGCCUUCAGAUGAAGGUGCUGCAACGACUUGUGCUUAGCUGUCCGUACACCGGGGAAGCGCUAGUACCGUACUAUCGACAGCUUCUGUCGAUCUUCAACCUCUUCAUCACCAAGCGAGUCAACUGCGGCGACUCGAUCGACUACGCUCAGCGACGACAGGAGAACUUGGGUGACCUCAUCCUCGAGACUCUCAGUAUUCUCGAGAAACACGGAGGUGCAGACGCCUUCGUCAACAUCAAGUACAUGAUUCCUACGUACGAGAGCUGCAUGAACCGGCGAUAAGACUGUAGAGAACGUAGUCAGUUGCGAGUUGCGCUUUAUUUUUGAGAACCAGGACGAAAUACUCUUAGCCUUCG